UGCUGCGCGCGCGGCCGGCUCAGUGCGGCCGGGCAAGCGCGACGUUGCGGUCUUUCCCGUAGCGGUCGUCCGAGUUAGCGGGGAGCGGAGCGGGGCCUCGGGGGGCCUCGCUAGGGCCACAGCGGCCGGCAGUUGGGCCCCCCGCCCCGGCCGGCGGUCCGAGGAGUGCAGGAAGGGGGCCGGGGGGACCCGCCCCCGGUCGGCCGAAGUCAUGAACUCCAACGUAGAGAAUCUGCCUCCGCACAUCAUCCGCCUAGUCUACAAGGAGGUGACAACCCUGACGGCAGACCCACCUGAUGGCAUUAAAGUCUUCCCGAAUGAGGAGGAUCUCACGGACCUGCAGGUCACCAUCGAGGGCCCAGAGGGGACCCCCUAUGCUGGAGGUCUGUUCCGUAUGAAGCUCCUCCUAGGCAAGGACUUCCCUGCCUCCCCACCCAAGGGCUACUUCCUGACUAAGAUCUUCCACCCCAAUGUGGGUGCCAAUGGUGAGAUCUGUGUCAAUGUGCUCAAAAGGGACUGGACGGCCGAGCUGGGCAUCCGACAUGUGCUGCUGACCAUCAAGUGCCUGCUGAUCCACCCUAACCCAGAGUCUGCGCUCAAUGAGGAGGCGGGCCGCCUGCUUUUGGAGAACUAUGAAGAGUAUGCUGCCCGGGCCCGUCUGCUCACAGAGAUCCACGGGGGUGCGAGUGGCACUAGCAGCGGGAGGGCUGAGGCCGCCCGGGACCUGGGAGGUGGGGCUGCAGCCUCCUCCACUGACCCUAUGACUCCAGGAGGCCUGGGAGGAGCUGAGGGCCCCAUGGCCAAGAAACAUGCAGGCGAGCGAGAUAAGAAGCUGGCAGCCAAGAAGAAGCUGGACAAGAAGCGGGCACUGAGGCGACUGUAAUGGGCUCUUCUUCCUUCCUUCUGUUCCCUCCCACUCUGUCUCUAAGUUAUUUAAAUUAUGGCUGGGGUGGGGGAGGGGAGGGGGGGCACCAGAACCUGGAUUUGGUUUUCUAAAUAAAAGUUGGAAAAGCAA